GCGUGGUCCCGAGGCCCCGCCCCCGGCGGCGCUCAGCGCCAUGGGCGAGGGGGAGCCCAGCAUGGCGCAGCAGCUGAUCAGCGGGGCCGGUUACGUGCCCGAGGACGGACUGACGGCCCAGCAGCUCUUCGCCUGCGCCGACGGCCUCACCUACAAUGACUUCCUCAUCCUCCCCGGCUACAUCGACUUCACGGCCGACGAGGUGGACCUGACGUCAGCGCUGACCCGAACCAUCACCCUGAAAACACCGCUGGUGUCAUCCCCGAUGGACACGGUGACCGAGGGGGACAUGGCCAUCGCCAUGGCCCUGAACGGCGGCAUCGGCAUCAUCCACCACAACUGCACCCCCGAGUUCCAGGCCAGCGAGGUGCGCAAGGUCAAGCGCUUCGAGCAGGGAUUCAUCACGGAGCCGCUGGUGAUGAGCCCGGCGCACACCGUGGGGGACGUGUGGGACGCCAAGGCCCGGCUCGGCUUCUCGGGGGUCCCUGUCACCAACUCGGGGCGCCUCGGGGGGCGGCUCGAGGGCAUCGUCACCUCCCGGGACAUCGACUUCCUGCGGGAGAGUGACAGGGCCACCCCCCUGGCGGAGGUGAUGACCAAGCGCAGGGACCUGGUGGUGGCCCCGGCCGGUGUCACCCUCAAGGAGGCCAACGAGAUCCUGCAGCGCAGCAAGAAAGGGAAGCUGCCCAUCGUCAACAGCCGUGACGAGCUGGUGGCGCUGAUGGCGCGCACGGACCUGAAGAAGAACCGGGAGCACCCGGCGGCCUCCAAGGACGGGCGGAAGCAGCUGCGGGUCGGGGCCGCCAUCGGCACCCGCGAGGAUGACAAGUACCGGCUGGACCUGCUGGUGCAGGCCGGCACCGACCUGGUGGUGCUGGACUCGUCGCAGGGGAACUCGCAGUACCAGCUCAGCAUGAUCCGCUACAUCAAGGCCAAGUACCCCGAGCUGCAGGUGGUGGGGGGCAACGUGGUGACGGCGGCCCAGGCCAAGAACCUGAUCGACGCCGGGGUGGACGCGCUGCGGGUGGGGAUGGGCAGCGGCUCCAUCUGCAUCACCCAGGAGGUGCUGGCGUGUGGCCGAGCCCAGGCCACGGCCGUGUACCGCGUGGCCGAGUACGCGCGGCGUUUCGGGGUGCCGGUGAUCGCUGACGGCGGCAUCCGCAGCCCCGGGCACGCCGUGAAGGCGCUGGCGCUGGGGGCCUCCACCGUGAUGAUGGGGUCGCUGCUGGCGGCCACCACGGAGGCGCCGGGCGAGUUCUUUUUCUCGGAGGGCGUGCGGCUGAAGCAGUACCGGGGCAUGGGCUCGCUGGACGCCAUGGAGCAGGGUCCUGGCAGCCAAAAACGCUACUUCAGCGAGGGGGACGCGGUGAAGGUGGCGCAGGGCGUGUCGGGCUCGGUGCAGGACAAGGGCUCCAUCCACAAGUUCGUGCCGUACCUGCUGGCCGGGCUGCAGCACGGCUGCCAGGACCUGGGCGCCCGCAGCCUCUCGGCGCUGCGGUCCAUGAUGUUCGCGGGGGAGCUCAAGUUCGAGCGCAGGACGGUGGCGGCGCAGGUCGAGGGGGGGGUGCACGGGCUGCACUCCUUCACGGUUCUGCCCCUGCCCAGAGGGGGCUGCCCUGAGGAGGGGUCCCCCCGCGCCGCCGCCCCCCGCCCGGAGCCCGCGGGGACCCCCCCGGCCCCCCGGCACCGCCGCUGUUGAUGCUGCACGGGGACCCCGGCACGGGGACACCCCCGAACCCCCCGAGCACGGGGGGGCACCUCGGGAACCCCCCGGAACUGGGGGUGCGGGGAGCCCCCAGACCCCCCCGGGGCACCCCAGGGGAGGGGGAUCCCCAGAGCCCCCGGAAAUGGGGGAGAGAGACCCCCGAACCCCCCCGGGGCACCACGAGGGUGCGGGGGCCGAGAGGGGGGGGGGAUGCAGGGACCC